CCGUGCUGUUUUUUUCGUUCUUUGUGAAAGCGGGUCGGCGGUGAGAUCGGGAUGCGGAGGAGGGUUCUCGCCGUCUUGGACGGGGUGCCGAAGACGGAUUAUUCUCUGCGGGGCAACACCAAAAAUUUUCUUUCGAGUGUUGGGAGCUGGACCCUCUGCCUGGGGUGGGAGACCCCACUAGUCACGUGAUCCUGUUUGCCCCUCCGAUUUAUCCGCAGAUGUACAAUCUCUUCACGCAUGCUCACUGUUUCCGGAUAUGUGAUGAGAGAUUUAUUGGAAGAAAAUCCCCAAAUGGAAGCAAACCAUGACUGAAGACGAGUGAAACAGCCCGAGGAUUGAGAACAACAACUGGAGAGAACCCAACUGACUUGGAGAUUCCAUUGAUAUAGUCAGGAGAAAGUUUGGUUAAAAAUGACAAGGAAUUUGUCUAUGGAAAUUCAAACAUAGCACCCCAGUUUUGCUGUCUCGGUCUAGAUAUUUAAGAAGUGGAGCAAGGGAUUUACUCGAUCAUCCUUCCUGCUCAUACUGUGGAGAGGGAUUCACUUGGUCAUCUGACUAACUGGCACGCCCAUCAUUUUACACAGGGGAGAGGCCAUUCACCUGCUCAGACAGUGGGAGUGCAUUCACUCGGUCAUCUCAACUGAAGGUACUUCAGCAAGUUCACACUGGGUCAAGGCCAUUCACCUGUUCUGUGUGUGAGAAGGGGUUCAGUCGGUCAUCCCACCUGUGGACACACCAGUCAGAUCACACUGGGCAAAGGUUGCUCAACUGCUGAAUUUGUGGGAAAGUAUUCACUCAGUCAUCUGAUCUAAUGGCUCACCAGCAAGUUCACACUGGAGAGAGGCCAUUCACCUGCUCAGACUGUGGGAAGGGAUUCACUCGGUCAUCUCACCUAUUGAGACACCAGACAGUUCACACUAGGCAGAGGCCAUUUACCUGCUCAGACUGUGGGAAGGGAUUCACUCGGUCAUCCCAUCUGAAGGUACAUCAGUUAGUUCACACUGGGGAGAGGCCAUUCACCUGCUCAGACUGUGGGAAGGGAUUCACUCAGUCAUCACACCUAUUGAGACACCAGACAGUUCACACUAGGCACAGGCCAUUCACCUGUUCAGACUGUGGGAAGGGAUUCACUCGGUCAUCCCAUCUGAAGGUACAUCAGUUAGUUCACACUGGGGAAAGGCCAUUCAGCUGCUCAGUCUGUGGAAAGAGAUUCACUCGGUCAUUCAACCUGAAGUUAUAUCAGCGAGUUCACACUGGAGAGAGGCCAUUCACCUGCUCAGAAUGUGGGAAGGGAUUCACUCGAUCAUCUCACCUAUUGAGACACCAGACAGUUCACACUAGGCAGAGGCCAUACACCUGCUCAGAAUGUGGGAAGGGAUUCACUCGGUCAUUUGAACUGAAGGUACAUCAGAGAGUUCAUACUGGGGAGAGGCCAUUCAGCUGCUCAGUCUGUGGGAAGAGAUUCACUCGGUCAUCCAACCUGAAGUUACAUCAGCGAGGUCACACUGGAGAGAGGCCAUUCACCUGCUCAGACUGUGGGAAGGGAUUCACUCAGUCAUCUAAACUGAAGUUACAUCAGUUAGUUCACACUGGGGAGAGGCCAUUCACCUGCUCAGAAUAUGAGAAGGGAUUCAUUCGGUCAUCUGACCUACUGGUACAUCAGCGAGUUCACACUGGGGAGAGGCCAUUCACCUGCUCAGAAUGUGGGAAGGGAUUCACUCGGUCAUCUGACCUACUGCUACAUCAGCGAGUCCACACUGGGGAGAGGCCAUUCACCUGCUCAGAAUGUGGGAAGGGAUUCACUCGGUCAUCUGACCUACUGAGACACCAGUCAGUUCACACUGGGUAGAGGCUGAUCACCUACUUAGACUCUGGGAGGAGAUUCUCUCGGUCAUCUCACCUUUAUGUGCAUCAUUGAGUUCACACUGGGGAGAGGCCGUUCAACUGCUGUGAAUGUGGGGAAGGAUUCACUCAGUAAUCUAACCUUGUGACACACUACUGGGUUCAGACUGGAGAGAAACUUUCAAUAAGCUGCAUGCUGCAUAUUUGUUCAUCACCAUUGCUAAAUGUAAUUUCAAGAGUGACUCGUAAAUUAUUGCUGCUGAUCACCACACCCAGUUCUGCACCCUGGUCACUGGGCAUGGGAGGAGUUUCUUCUGCUGCACAUUCACCUUUAAUGGAACUGGAGUUUAAUAUUCUGGAUAUGAGAGAAAUAAGUCAGUUUUAUUUAAAACUCUGUCUCCAGUACUUGGUGAAUUUAUAACACACCUAGCGUACAGUAGAGAGCCAACUCAGGCUGGCUGGUCGGUGCCAGUGACUCUGUUCCAGGACAGUCAUUUUCAUUUUUUCAACUUUUUUAUUGAUUUCCAGUAAAAAAUAUACAAAUCAGUGGAAAGGUUUAGCAAACAGAUAAUACAAUAGACAUAUAAAGAGCAAUAAAGAAAAGUAUAUAUUGUCAAAAUCAGAUAGGUUUAAUGUUAUGCAGUUAUAUAUACAGUAUAAUAAAAAAAAAACACAACUCCUCUUAACAAAUCGUUAAAAAAAAUUGGAAAAUUUUAUUUAUAUGCAGGAAAACAACAUUAAACUAAAUUGGAACAAAAAAAAAGAAAAGAAAAGAAAGAUUGGGCAGUCCAAUUGAGGAUAAAAUUAGAAGAAAAACAAAGAGAAAUGCAACCUUCCAGUCACCUCCAAACUUUCACGGAUAAGGUGUUUCCUGAAAGAGAAUAAAGUAAAAAUAAAUUAAAUCAUACGAAAAUAUUGAAUAAAGGGUUACCAGACUUGCUCAAAAUUAAAAGAUGUAUCAAACGUCCAGCUUCUAAUUUUCUCCAAGCUCAGAUAUGACAUAAUGAAGGUGAGCCAAUAAAAAACAGUAGAGGAUUAGAUUCUUUCCAAUGUAACAAGACAGUACUCCUAGUCAGUGAAGUUGAAAAGGCUAUCACAUGUUGAGCGGAAGCAGAUACUCUCCCUAUUUCCUCUGGAAUAAUCCGAAAAAUUCCCGUAAGUGAAAUUGGGUUGAACAUCCACAUCUAUAACUUUAGACAAUAUUCUAAACACAUCUCUCCAAAAAUUAUUUAAGCUUAUACAUGACCAAAACUUAUGAGUUAGAGCAGCUACCUCUAUGGUAUAUCUGUCACAAAUAGGGCUUAUAUUAGGAAAUAUAUGCACCAAUUUAUCUUGGCCCUAUGUACUAUCUUAAACUGAAUAGAGAGUCAAUUUAGGUCUGCUGGACCCUGCCAGUGCUUCUGUCCCACGAAUCCUUUUAAAUCCUCCCCUGUUGUUCACCUCGUGUUCCCCCUGUGGGAUGGGUUCCAAACAGUCACCACUCUGUGGGUGAAAAGGUUCCCCUUGAAUUUUCUCCAGACAGUUGAGCUGACUGCAGUUCUGUCUGAGAUGUUCUUUGCCCCUGAAAUCUCUGAGCUGAGGAAGAAUGACAUUUGGAUUUACUCUCCUUAUUCAUGGCUCAUUUCCUCAUUAUGGGUCAUUUUCCGUGCUUCUGAAGGGUUGUUAGAAGACAUCACUGUUCUCUAAAGACUGAAAGCAGAAUGAGAAAACAUUGGUUGGAUGUUCAAAGGAGCAGGGUCAGAAACCAGAGGUGAGUCUGCACAGGGCAGAGUUUGGGGCUCUGGACGAUGGUCGAUGUAAGAACGUAUCACGAAGAGAAGGAAAUCAGCAGCUGGGUGUGGCAAUAAAUGACAGAGUAGUAACAUUUGGAAGCUGAUUGACAGAGAAAAUAAUUUGACUGACUAAUGACACAAACAAUACCUGUGGUGAGGUGCUCCACUGGUCAAGGAACGUGUGUGUUCAGAAUUGUUAUAUCUAUUGAGGGAUUUGCUUGUUUAUCCUGUAAUAUUAUAUCCGGAUGGUUAUUAUGGAUUGUCCUAUCUGUAAUAAUGUAUCGAUUAUCAUAUAUAUUGUGAGAUUUUGACUAAGUGGAUCAGGCUGGAAAUAAUUGUACCUUAAUUAGGUUAACAUGGUCAUUCAUCCGUUUGUAUUUUAAAGCAAGGUUUUGGUGAAUGAUAUUUGCCACUUGAUUGCAGCUGCAUAAUUAAUCAGAUUGAGUUCAACUGCCGCAGGAUCCUGGAAUGUGUUGGAUUGUGUCUGGUUUCUCUUAGCAUUUUCUGCAUUGAUUGCCUUGUUUGUAUUGUAUGUAUUUUUGAUUUUUUUCCCCCGCUUUUGUUAACCACCUUGUCCUGUAUUUCCGCAAGGAAUCCUUCUGUUUCUGGGAAGAGGUCUCCAACUCUCAGUCAGGUGCUCGAUAUUUCCUUUUCACCAUCUCAUCUGCUCAGAUCAUUGGGAUGUCUCCCAUGGAGGGUCAUACUCAUUCCACUAGUUCAUGUUUUCUUCCACAGUGAUGAUUCGUUUUUCUGAGGUAGCUUCUCAUUUAAGUUUCCUGGUCUGUAUUUCUUAUCACAAUUGCAUAUACAUAUAUGGAGUGCUGAAUCGUGUUCAAAUUCAAUUGUAAUCUAAGAUGGUGGCGCGACGGAGCUUGCAGCGGUCAUUCCGGAGCUGAUUAUCUGUUAUUUGUCAAGGGGGGUGCCGUGCGCCAUCAUAAUCGGAUGAAAAACGGACGUGGGAGCACGGAGGAACAUCUGGAAAUCUCCAGGAAGACCACCUUCGUUGCUGCUGCUGCUGUGAGGUCCGGGACUCAGCUGGGAAGAACAGGCACCCAGUCUUCGGAGACGCGUUGGCGGGGCCGUCUUAAUACGCUCGGCAGAGGAUGGUGCUCGGAGAAGCUGUGCCGGAGGGGAUGGUCGGAGGCUCGGAGCUUCGCCGGACAUGGAAUCCGCUGCGGUCAGGUCGCUUUCACUGCGUGCUGUGUCUGCGAGGCUGAGUCGGGCGGCGCCGUGGAAGCCCAUAGCGGGGGUAUUCCCUUCUGCCACCUGCAUGGGGUGGCGAGUCUGUAGGGCCCCUGGGGACUUGUGGAAACUCUGUGGUGGUUUCUGUUGAACUUAUAGUCCUUUAACAUCUUUGGACUACUUUUACUGUGCCCAUGGUCUGUUUUUUUAAUGAAUUAUGCUAUUGUUUGCUAUUGUUUGCACUGUUGUAACUACUUGGUUUUGUGCAGGUCUUGUAGCUUUAGUUUUUGGUCUUGUUUUGUCUGGUAGCUUUGGAGCUCCUUUCCGGGGAACGUGCUAAGAUAGUAACGCGAUAUUAAUAAGCAGCAUUCUCUCCGGACUCUGGAUUGGGGAUUGCCAAACGUUAUGUGGAUUUUCCGGUGUAGUCUGUUUUGUCAUAUGCUUUUGUGAUAUCAUUCUGGAGGAACGUUGCCUCAUUUUUUAACUGCAUUGCAUUUGUUGUUUCUAAAUGACAAACAAUCUGAAUAUAAUAACGUGUUUUGA